AUGGGAGAGUAUCUUGUCGACGGGGACAAAGAUGAAUUCGAUCCAGAUAAGUGGACGUCGAGUAGCCCAAACGAGCUCCCACAACGUUGCCCGGAGACGCACCUCAAUGUGCUGGUCGUCGGUGGAGGCCCAUCCGGACUGAUGACGGCGCUGGAGUGCUGGAGGAGGGGGCACAAUGUUGUGGGGAUCCUAGAGAGGAGGCCAGGCCCGGUCUAUGCUGGUUCGUUUGUUGACCCGAUCCCCAUGGACUCGACCGGAUGGACAACUGACGAUAGUCUUCGGAGGUUUGCAGGAGACAUUAUCGUCAUAGGGCCUUCGGCUAUAGGCACGAUGCGCUACUGGCCGGAUAUGUGCCGUGAACUCGAAGCAGACCGAACCGACAGCGUGAUGUACUAUCGGUGGCAUACCGGCGAGCUCAUCCUGGGCCCAACGUCGCUCUGGUACAACGACCCUGAGUACCUGGCCAAACGGGAAGGCCUCCCAUUCGCGGCGCCCCAUCAGGUUCGCAAGAAGUUCUACCGAAUGCUGCUGCGCCAGGUGGCCAGGGUCGGCCUCAGAGUCGAAUACGGCCAGCGCGUCGAGAGGUACUUCGAGGACGAGGCGGCUGGGGUGGGUGGGGUGGUCACGCAGAAUGGCACGAUACGCGUCGCGCACAUUGUUGUGGCGGCCGAUGCCUUGAGGACGCCCUCCGAGCUGCUCAUUGCCGGGGAGCACAUGCCCGCUCGGUCGAGCGGCAUGUCCGUCUACCGUGCGGCGCUCCCGACUGAGUUGGCCAUGCGUGACGAGGCGUUCAGGAAGCGGUUUGGCGACGUUGUGGCCAAGGGAACCUCGCAUCAUGAGUUCUGGAUAGGACCUGGCAUGCACCUUGGCCUCUACGUCUCGGGGGAAUUUGUGGCCUGGGGACUCACGCCGCGCGACCGCUUCCUGCAGCCGGGCGGGGAGGAGCCGAUUGAGUCCUGGGACCCGGACGUCGACCCCGAGGAAGUUGCCAAGGUGCUCCGCCGCAUCCCGGACUGGGAUCCCGCCAUCGAAGGUCUGGUGCGCGCCACUCCGAAGGGCGCGGUGGUGCACUGGCCGCUGCUCUGGCGCAACCUCCGCCGGGAGUGGACGUCCAAAGGUGGGCGGGUCGUGCAGGUGGGUGAUGCAGCGCACAGCACUAUACCGGCCUCGGUCAGCGGCGGUACGCUGGCCAUCGAGGACGCCGUGACGCUGGCAGCAUGCUUGCAGCUCGCAUGUUCCGGCGGGCCAAGCGGUGGACCCUUGGGAGCUCGGAUCUACAAUCUGCUCCGAUACGAGCGUGUCAGCUGUGUGCAAAAGUUGUCCUUUGUGAACUCGGAGAGCCUGGGUGCCGGGAAUAAGGAGGAAGUGAAGAAGGACCCUGAGAAGGUCCGUGUCCGGUUUCCGAAGUGGUUAUUUCAGCACGAUCCAGAGGCCUAUGUGUAUGAGAAGUACGGGCAGGCGUUUGCGCAUCUGGUGUUGGGCGCCGAAUUCCAGAAUACCAACUUUCCUCCGGGCCACAAGUUUAGGCAGUGGACAAUCGAGGAGAUCCAUGAGGCUGUUCAGGCCGGGAAGAGCGUUGUUGAUUUCUUGGAUGGAGAUUGGUCGUAG